AUGAUGGAAUCCUAUAAGUUCAUUGAUAAAAUCGUGGAUAAAACUCUUGAAUGCAUUUCUGCAAGAAGCAAAAUGGUUUGCUUCCGGGCAUGUUCCAACAUCGGAGGAGUAUUUGAAGAAUGCAAUAGUGACAAGGAUGUUAAUUGUGAUGGCAAUGAUGGAUCAUAUUCAAAGUGUUACAUGAAGGAUAACCCAAGAGUUAGCAUUGGACAAACAAGAGAACAUAUAAGGAAACAAAUUUCAGAUGCAUGGAAACAACUCAACAAAGAAUGUUUGAACACAAAUGAGUUACCUUCAUCUUUUACUAAACUUUGUCUCAAUGCUGCAAGGAUGGUACCUGUGAUGUAUAGUUAUGAUGGCAAUACUCCUUCAAAGCUACAGAAGUAUGUGAAAUCGUUGCUUUCUGAUGAUUGUGGUUACUUAUAA